GCCUCUCCUCGCAUCACGAAACUCUCCUCCAAUCUCUUCGCGGAACGGCCGAACAGAUGCCGGGGGACGACGUCACGGCAGCCGUCGACCAGGUGCUGGAGCCCUCGCGGCAUCGCACCUUCAUCAAGUCGAUCGUCGGAGGCGGCGCCGCCGCUGUGGAGGAGCUGGUGGGGCGGAAGGUGGUGGUCGGCGGGUGGGUGAAGACGGGGAGGGAGCAAGGGAAGGGCACUUUCGCGUUCCUGGAGCUCAACGACGGUUCCUGCCUCGCGAAUUUACAGGUCAUCGUGGACGCCGAGGUGUACCCGCUGUCGCAGCUCGUGGCCACGGGGACGUGCGUGCUGGUGGAGGGCGUGCUCAAGAAGCCCCCUGAGGGGACGAAGCAGAGAGUCGAGCUCAAGGUCGAGCAGGUCCUCGAGGUGGGGCCGGUGGAUCCCAGCAAGUAUCCAUUGCCCAAGACAAGGCUUACUCUCGAGUUCCUCCGGGAUUUUGUCCACUUCCGAGCCCGCACCAACACGGACGUUGAAUCUGGCUGCUGAGACGAGGGCUAUGUACAAGGAAAGGAAUGAUUCAUACAUGAUAGAAACUGUACAGCUAAAUCUGAUGAGCAUGUACUGCAGUCUUAACUGAUUUAUCUUUGAAUAUCAAACUAAUUAUCAGGUGCAUGCUAGAUAUUUUUCCCCAUAUUCAAUGCCCCUUGUUGGUUUUCAUGGUUUAUUUUGCAAAACAUAGUGUCACAUUUUCAUGUAUCAAGAACUCCUAUUUUAGACCUGAUGCAUGGGAAAAUAAAAUAUCGGCAGUUGAACGGAUCAGAGAUGAGUUGGCUUAUGCUACCCACACAUUUUUCCGGCAAAAUGGUUUUCGUUAUGUGCAUACUCCUAUAAUUACUACAAGUGAUUGUGAGGGAGCUGGUGAAAUGUUUCAAGUUACGGCACUGUUUAGUGAUGCUGAAAAGGUGGAGAAAGAAUUAAAGCAAAACCCUCCACCAUCAGAAUCUGAGAUUGAGGCUGCUAAGCUUCACAUCAAGGAGAAAGGAGAGGCUGUUGCACAUCUAAAAUCAUCAAAAGCAACCAAGGAAGAGAUCAGUGCUUCCGUGUCUGAACUCACAAAGGCAAAGGAAAGUCUAGCAAAACUGGAAGAGAGAUUUAAUAUGAAACCUGGGAUUCCUCAGAAGGAUGGAACGAUUGAUUAUGCUCGUGACUUCUUUGGGCGUCAAGCUUUUCUUACCGUAUCUGGCCAACUUCAGGUUGAGACUUAUGCUUGUGCUCUAGGUAAUGUAUAUACAUUUGGACCAACUUUUCGAGCGGAACACUCCCACACUUCAAGACAUUUAGCAGAAUUUUGGAUGGUUGAGCCAGAGAUAGCAUUUGCAAAUUUGGAGGAUGACAUGAAUUAUGCAGAGAACUAUGUAAAAUUUCUUUGCCGGUGGUUACUUGACCAUUGUCAUGACGAUAUGGAAUUCAUGGCAAAGAACUUUGAUAAGACAGCCAUAGACCGUCUUAAGCUUGUUUCUUCAACGCCAUUUGAGCGUAUUUCAUAUACAAUGGCUGUGCAACUAUUAGAAAAUGUAACGGACAAGAAGUUUGAGAACAAGGUAGAGUGGGGAAUGGAUUUAGCAUCUGAGCAUGAAAGGUACUUGACAGAGGUGAUAUUUAAGAAGCCUGUCAUUGUCUAUAAUUAUCCCAAAGGGAUAAAAGCAUUCUAUAUGAGGCUUAAUGAUGACAAGAAGACAGUAGCAGCUAUGGAUGUGCUUGUGCCCAAGGUCGGUGAGCUGAUUGGUGGAAGCCAAAGGGAGGAGCGUUUAGAGGUUCUUGUGGACAGGAUACUAGAGGCAGGAUUGACUCUUGAGCCAUAUGAGUGGUAUCUUGAUCUCCGCCGCUAUGGGACUGUCAAGCACAGUGGAUUCGGUUUAGGCUUUGAACGGAUGGUUCUCUUUGCAACUGGCCUUGAUAACAUUAGGGAUGUUAUCCCUUUCCCAAGAUACCCAGGAAGGGCUGAUCUUUGAACUCUGCUAUUGUUUUCUGUACCAUAAAGAUGAAUGGUACGAUCCAAUAGAUAACAAAUUAUAGCAUGGCUUGGUGUAACAUUUUAUUAGGGCAUCUUGGUUGUAGAAUUAUGAAGCUGUUCAAGGAUGGAUGUUUUAGUUGUUCCAAUGACUCAUUUGGAUGAUUUUUGAGGGAUAGAUGAGUAUUGCUUAAAAAUCGAACUGGUACAGAUUAAUCUUCCUUAUAUGGCCACAGAAAUUUCUCAU